AUGGAGGUUGAUAAACCACCGGAAUCCGUGGAGGAAGCUGGGGCCCUUCUUGGGGCAACAAUUACAGUAUAUGGAGUUGCGGACGCAUACAAGCUAAUCAAGCCUCCACAGGGCACGCAUUCCUCGUUCAGCACCAUUUCACCAGUGCCAUCCUCCGAACUGUUUGUCCGACUGCAUACGCUGAGGUCCUUGCUGCGAUCAGCUCCUACAGAUACUCCGUUGGUAGCAGCACCUUCUUUACUAGCUGGAGUCUUGAUGAAACUGUUGGGUGUCUCUAAUAAAUUGGCAAACAACCCACCCAACCCGAAAAACAAAAGGAGAGUGGCCGUCCCUCCGAUGCUGUCCACGCCCCUGCGCAAAGUGUGGGUGGAUUGUGUUGUGUUAUGUCACAGUUUAGGAGAAGGAUUAUCAGGAAAUGCGCGCAUUAAUACCUUUGGUUUUGUACGAAAUAUGAUUCAACUGGCAUCUCUCAAUCCACGAACCGCCAAGGCAGCCGGAGGCGUUCGGAUUGCCGCAUUGGAAGCCAUUGAAGGCAUCAUGAAAGACCCAAAGCUCUCGAGUCAGCUAGCAUCAUGGGCUUUCGAUGUUACUCGCGUCUGUCAAAAGGCUAUCAAGUCGAGUGGAAAUGGCGAGCCCACCUUUCGGAUUGUGGCAGUCAACACUGCCAUGUCUGUUGUCAUUGCUUCCCGAAAUGCCUUUAUGAAAACACGGCCCGUGGAAGGAAGUGCUCGACUCGUACUAAAAGGAGCGCUGGAUGACAAGGCUAUAAUGGAAAUGCUGAAGCUCAUUAAAACUGCUGUCAUUGAUAAACUACCAGAAGUCCGAACGGCGGCGGCCCGGUUGACGGCGCUCCUAGCACCCCAAGUGAUUCACACAGCCAUCAAAUCGCCACGGACACCGGAUGCAGCGACCUCCUUUACGGCCAGUCUGGAGGAUAUCAUGACGAUUGCCUUCAAGAAUUUGGACGAUACGAGUGCGGAAUGUGCGGCCGCCUGGGCGGAAGCUCUGGCACGGUGCAUGAGCACUGCGAUUGAAGUGGGUGCCCAACAGGAUGCCGAACAAACGAGUCAACGGGAUGCCGAACGAUCAGAGACAUCCCGCAAUACUCCUCGAAAAGGAAAGAAGAAUACCACUCGCAAGGGAGUACUGGCGGCUGAAAAUUGUUCCACAUUACCAAAGACAAUCAAGUAUUUGGUCAGCGUCUUUGUCAAGGCAGGUGGCGAGUUGGUGGCCAACAAAACGGGGGGAACCUUUUCCACAGGUGGACGUGCUGUCCGUCUAGGAUUUACUCGUUCAAUCAUUCAACUCUUGAAGCUGCAACAGGAAAUCAGGGCCAUUGGAGAUGGCAAGAACAUUACUCACAAGGAGGCUAUUUUGAUUAUUUUGAGCAUGGUGGGAAAUGAUAUGGAAGCUCAAUUGAAGGGCAAUGAAAAAGGACUGGGAUCAAUUGAAACUCUUGAUGCAACUUCUGUAAUGACGGCGUCGACGAUUCGGGAGCCGCCACUGUCGGGAAGAAAUGCUGCACAAUCACAGGGAAAUGCUUUAUUUGGACAACAACCCAAGGUCUCUCAUGCGGAUGCACCGAUCGUUCGCUUGUGUACGAGUCGAGUCUUGAGAGAGGGAUUAUUGGAUUUUUCUCCCGAGACCACCCAGAUUGCCAUUCUUCACGAAUUCGUUGAUUUGUGUGUCAAUCGACAAGGAGACCUCAAGGGAAACCAGCUGCAGGUGAUUUUGACUGAAAUUUCCCACUUAUACGCCCGAUUGGGAGAAGCUGCACAAUCCUCUUUGGAAGAUUUUAUCCCAGCGCUACAGAAAUGCCUUCGCCAUGCCGACCACGGCGUGCGACAUGAAGCAGCCGUGGUAUUUGCCGCCAUUACUUCAGCCUUUCCUUCCAUGGGACGCCAAUUUGUAGACGAUGGGAUUCGAGAUAUUCAAAUGGAACACGCAGAACUCAUGGCGGCGGCAAGUGUUGGGGCAGCUGAGAGCGCUGCUGAAAACGUUGGUGGGAGAAGAUUUGGAUUUGGCCGUCGCAACGCGCCCAACAAGAAAGAAAAGAAACCAGACACUUCCUUGAAGCAUCAGUUUGCAAUUCAUGGGAUAUCGUUGAUGGUGACAAUAAUUCUCCGUGACCUUCCAAGUCUACCAGGUGGUCUGUCAAUGGAGCUGUUGGACGACGUCAUGUCCAGUACCGAGGUUUUGUGCUCGGCAUAUGAUAAUGAUGUAUUGGUGAAUGGAAGUCCAAGUGGUAUUUGCACUUGUGUGCGCGCUGGCUUUACAAUGAUUUGUGGAGUGUUGGCUACUGGUCCAGAUACCAUCUCCAAGCAUCUUGAGACAAUUUUCGGUUCUUGGCAAAAGUUCAGCAAGCUUCCUACCAAAGGCAACAGAUUCACUUCUGAUCAUGAACUCCUUUGUGUUGAGGCCAUGUUGUCAUCCAUUUUGUCAUUUCUUCGAAAUUGUUCUUCCCUGUUAUUAUUGGUGCCAGAUGCCUUGACCCAGGUCACAAUGGCUCUAGAACGACUGCUGCCAAGAUUUCACAACGGCGAUGGGAGCCUUCGAAAUGUUCCUGGCAAUCCAGUGGCAGCUCUCCGAUUAGACACUGCCAAGGCAUGUAUAAUGGAAGCGUUUUCGUGGCUUCCCCCCGGGUCAUAUCCUAUGGUGGCUGAUCCACUUUUUGCAUUUGCUGCGCGUCAUAUUCAAAUCGCUGUAGACCACGGUGUUUCGAGCUCAAUCUUGCAGUCACUGAUUAACAACGAGGACAAGAUUUUGGAUGCAUCAACAUUUUGUCGUGCGGGGCAUCAGGGACAAGUUGGAGGCUUGCGAUAUCUAGACGAGGAUAUCACUGCCAGAGUAGCGGAAGCCUCACACCACACAGAUCGUGAGUCCGCUCUUCUGUUUUACUCCAAUUCAGGAAGUCAAGAGAGCAACGCUGAUUUCUUAGGCAGUCGGGUCCUUGGUAUGAUUGUUAACAAGGGUGUCGAAGAAAAGCCUCCAACGGAAUUACAUACUGUUGGAUCAUGGCACAUGCCUGUGACUCCAUCCUGUUCUUCCAAAGUUCGAUUGGUGGAUGCAUCCAUUCAAGCAUUUGCCGCCACUUUCACCUUGAAGAGUCCGAAGGAGCAACAACGAGCAAUGAAGAUGCUUGAAUCCUUAGUGCCACCAACACAUUUUCAAGUUACACGAGGGCAAGCCAAUGAUCAAGGUCGACGAGGAAGGGGAAAGGAGCAUGACGCUACGUUCACGAAUGUCACAGCUGUUCUUUUGUCAUGUCUCAAGUCUCUUCCAGUUCAUGAGUCAACUCACAAUGUAGCUGUUGGGAUCGGGCCAACUUGGAUGUCACAGGCCAAAGAUGUGCUGCUCAAUUUAUUGCCUUGUCAAUCGCCGUUUGUACGGAGGGGAGCAGCUGAAGGGUUGGCAAUCCUAUCGACGCUUGGCGUCAAAGAGGAUGCUCACUUUUUGCAGAGCGAAGUAAUCCACUCAUUGGACGAAAUAUUCAAAGGAACCUACAUGGCAGGACAAGCGAAUCAAGCGCCACCAGAGACAAUCUCUGCAGCAAGUGCAACCGCACUCCUGGCACUUGGAUGCAUACAGCGCACUUCGAGUCAAAUCCAUGAGAUUCGGGUUGAACAAUCGAAACUGCGUGGUUCGCCUCAGAAGGCAAAGAAAGGUGAUGACGAAGACGAAAUUCUCCCGACCCUUCAGAUGAUGGCAAGAGUGCUUCCUUCCGCAAACUGCGGGCUGCGCCGAGGAUUUUUUGGGGUUAGAGCACAUGCACUACAUACAUUCGGAUUGCUACUUUCCUAUUCAAAAAAACUCAUUGGAAUCUCGCUUGGCGAAGAGGAAAUGCAGCUCUUGAAGAAACUUGUAUUCAUCGUAGAAGACAAUUUCUUGGCUUCCUGGACGAUUGUGGCCACGGAGAAGGACCAAGGAAAUGGAAAUGAGGUCGAAAAGCUUUCUUUCGAACCGUGCUUUCUUGCCAUUUUGCUUCGUCUGAUGACUUUCCUGAUGCCAUCUUUGCGUCACCUUCAAUCUGUUGAUCCCACAGUCUCUUUACGAUUUUCUCAAAUGGCUUCGACAAUCGUUGCCAUUGCUGGUUCGCACCCUACAGUUUCAAUGGAGGCAGCAGCAUUCUAUGAGAUUUCAGCAAAGAAUCAGCAUAUCUUCCCUGCAUAUCUCAAUGGAGUCAAAUAUAGCGAGCACGCAGUCCUUUGCAGUAUUCCAUUCCUGAUGCAAAGUCUAGCUCCAAGUCGUUCUUUGGUACAACCUGAUUAUGCCAUGAUCCAACCAUCGUGUUCUUCAUCAAGCCCCGAUAUUCUUGCUGCGACACAAAUUGUUAUCAGAGAACUGACAAUUUCGCAAGUCCUCGUCACCGAAUUGAGUGACCUGAGGAUUCUUUCGCUACUUUUUGCUGCACUUGAAGACGCAACGUCAUCUAGAUCGUUUAGUGGGGAGACCAAGCACAGAGGAAUCGCAGCGGCCAGAGAAAAUGAGACGGUGUAUGAGCCUGAGGCUCCUGUUGAACCGGAAAUGGUCGAUCUUCUUCGAUUACUCAUGUAUGUCGAAGGCAGAACGUCCGAACACUGUGAAACAGUCUUUCUUCGAAUACUACUUCUUUCGAGAGUUUUGCUUCUUGGUGCAAGCGCUACUGACGAAGACGAUGAUGACGACGAUGAUACUGCUCUUACCCCCCCAAAGGUCGCCAAAGAGGCUCUGCGGAGAGCUCUUUUGGAUGCAACUGAGGCACUGGACACAGCUACUCCCAUGAGAUGGCAGGUUAAGUGUAUGGUUGUGCAGAUGGCCAUGAUGGCUUUGGAAGGACUUGUGACACAAGCUGCCGGCAAUGUAGUGGAAUCGCCUAUUUUCAACCCGAAAUUUGCAAGAGAGCAAUGUCUUGAUGAAUGUCGCAAAUCUGUAAACGAUCCAACCAUGCUCCCAGAAUCCAAGCUUGCUUUGCACAUCGAUGUUCUGGUUUCUAUGGUUUGUGCAACCGCGACAUGUACAGUUGAUCAAACAGAGUUACGCAUCCUGCAAGCAUGCGCAAUACCAUUGCUGUCGCGAAUACUACUCUGUUUUGGAUCGAUUCCUGAUCCUGACCAUCCUGAUACAAAUGUCCUCCACGACUAUAUUCCUCAAAUAUCAUCGUGUAUCAAGAGUGCGCUUGGAGCAGUGGACGAAGACGAAGGUGCAUCCGCUUGUCGCCUGUUCAUGGUAGCAUGCGAGUCACUGGACUCAUUCUUGAAAUCGAGAAUUUGCGAAGAUUUUUCGGUAUUGAAAAGAGUUAUUCGUCCUGCUUUGCCAGCCUCAAACGAGGUUCCAUUCUUCCGCCAUGAUGAAAAUAUGCCUUUGUUAACCUCAAGCGGUGCGAAGGCAAAGUCAUUGAACGGUCGGGCUAUCUUGUUGACUCGGAUUGGAAAGCUGGGGAUUGUAGGCAACCUUUCAGCCGAAGAUUCUCAACUUGACCAAAUGAUAGAAGCAGACACAGAAGGUCUGGGUUCCCAUGCUGCUGCUUUGGCCGUCGAUGGGGCUCGUCUCCUCUUGGGCUCAAAAGCAACUCUUGCAGGAGGGUACAAGGUAGACGAUGAUAUGGCUGUUUCUCAAGCAUUUUACUCCUUCAACCACACUGAUGACAUUGAUGAUGUUGUAAAGGCGGCUCUAGUCCAGAAGUGGGCUGCUUUUGCUAGCAAUGCCAUGGGUCAACUAUCUGAAAGUAUCACGUCUGGAUCUGAGAGGAGUGAUGAUUGUAGAACCUGGAUCCAAAAGAUUGUCCCGCUAAUAUUCGCUGGUACUCGUGAUGCCAUCACAGCUGGCAAGAGCGCAGCUCUGCAACGACGUGAUCUCAUUUGGAUCAGUGGCAUGGAUGUGGAAAUCGUUUUGUGUAACUGUCUUCAAGCCAUUAAUAUGCUAGUUUCGAAACCUGCCAUCCUUUCUAUCGACGACGAGUGGAGAAAGAGUGUGGAAAUCGCAAUGACAGAAAUAUCGAAGGAAAUCCUACUACCUGCUCUUUCGGGAAUUCCAAGUGAUUCUGGCGCUGCUAAUACAAGGACUGUUGCAGAGUCGUGUGCGUUGCUGGAAAACGUUGCUAAAAAUUCUGCGUUGGAGCUUUCCAGCGAAUCGCCCUUACUCCUUUCAUUGAUGGCUCCUCUUGACCUUUUGCAAAAGGGCAGUAUCAGUGUGACUGGCACACAUACUUCCAUGGUUGUGUCGGCUUGUUUGGCUGUUGUUGGUUCUGUCGUCUCAAAAUCGGCAACACCGAGCGGUCUGGUCAAGGCCAUGUUGCAAUUUGUUGUUACAUCGUCCCGCAAGGACACUCCAGAAAACGUGAAGAUCUCCACUCACUUCUUACUGAGAGAGUGCAUGAAGCACGAGUCGAUCUCUUCACAAGUUCAAUCAAUGCUUGCGUCAAAGAUGAUACAACACCGUGAUUUUGACAGCUGGGCAGUGAUUGUCCAAGCAAAUGAUGGUCUGGUUGCUCAGGCAAGCUUUGAAACGCUGCAACAUCUCCUUUUGGGAUCCUCGCAUCAAGAUCAGAUCGAUGCUGCCACAGCAAUAUGUCAACUUGUCCAGGAUGCAAAUUGCCCAAGCCCAGUUAUCGGUCGAGUGACUGCUGCGAUUGGGGUAGAAAUACUGGCCGUUUUGCAAAUGUAUGGCACCUUGACAAUACAGAAGGAGUAUCACGUACACAGAACCACCAUUUGCGCUGCAUGCAUCAAAUUUUCACUUGCAGCGAUUCAGCAAUUCACAGCAGACAGUGUCGCGGAUGAAGAGGUUGCCAAGUUCUUGGUUGUUAUGUUUAUGGCACUAAUCCCAGUUGUUCGCUACAAUGGACUUCCAAACCACCCGUUACCCAAUGGUCAGUUGUCAGAUCCAGCCAUUGGAAGAAUGUGUGCUCAAACCAUGGUACACAUUGCUACUAGAGCAGCACCUGUUGCAUUCAAAACAAGCAUGGGCUUGAUGGCCGAACAGGACAGAGUUGUUUUGGAGUUUGCAGUUCGUGCUGACAUGAGCGGAUAUGCUGUUGCUGCAAAGGCACCUGUGAAGAAGAAGCUCAAUCUAAAAAGCUUCAAAAGGUAG